AUGGACCGCGAUCCGAACAUCAAAACCACUCGCCCGCCUUCGCAGCCUGCCCAUCUCUUCCCCGCCGUCCUGCCCACCCGGCUCGCGAUACGAGCGCAUACCUCGCCGUCCUUCGUGACACUACUGUCUUUACCUCCUUUCAACUUCACCCCAAAUAUGCGUUCGUUCAGCAUCGUCCUUGCCGUGGCUGUCCUUGCGGCUCAGGUCACUGCGGUCGCUGUGAAUGACCUCCAGGUCCGCUCUGAGUCAACGUCGAUCAGCCACAGCUCGACCAGGUCCACUUCCCUUCCCUCCACUUUCGAAACGACCAUCUCUCCCAUCAGCGUCACCACCGCUUCCACUGUGUCCACUAGUAGUGUCACCAGCGCCAUCACAACCAGCUCUUCCAGCCACCACGGCACCAGCUCUACGACUAGCUCCACCGGCAGCCACGGCACCAGCACCACAUCCAGCUCUACUGGUACUCACAGCACUGCCUCCUCGGUGACGUCCUCCUCUUCGACCACCCAGUCUGUGACUUCCUCCUCCUCGACCGCCAAGGUGUCCUCGGCUUCCUCCACCUCCCAGACCGUCCUGAGCGUCCCUGCCACCUCGCACGGCACCAGCACCAUCCUUUCCACCCUUUCCACCGGCACCGCCCCAAAGAGCCCCACGAGCACCUCAGACUCGUCCACGCAGCCGAGCACGACCCCCGGGACGACGGGUGGCGCGCUAGGCACGUUCGUUGAUGGGCGCAUCGGCGCCGCUGCGGUGUUCGUCGCGGGUGCUGCGGUUGUGUUCGGAUUCUGA